GUUUUUAAGAGAUACGUAAAAUUUUCGACGAUUUGAUUGAUAAUCCAUAAGUAGAUCUGCAGUGAAAGCAACUGUCGCACGGUGGGAAGGCUAAGAGAUCGAAUGAGAGCGUGAGAGCGUGAUCGGAAUAAAACAGCAAGAGAGAACAUCGUCAGAAAGAAUUAAAGAGGUACGCAGACGUUGGCGUGUCUCGAGAGAGGACAAUUCCCAAUAUCCCGUUAAUAGAUAGUGGAGGAUAAUGCACGGUGAUAAAGGAUAACUCAGUAUGUCCCGGGAUAAUAUCUUUUGCGAAGGGUCUCUUCGAUUCUCGCGAGCAUCUUGCGACGCGAUAAAACCGAUAACGUACGUGGGAUAAUUGAGAGACUCUUAGAAGUUCCAGUGUUUUCCGCAUUCCAGUUUUUUCCGUAUCCUUGGAAAUCACAAGCGCGGGGGAAAGUUGUGAGGAUAUUAAUUUUGAGGACGAUUCCUGCGAAUCUUUCGAACAAUUUCACGUGCUCGGACUGGUUUUGCAAAUUUCAGUGACAUGCUAUUCGAGAUUAGCAGCAGCGAUCCAAGUGCGAUACCUCCGAAGAAUUCUAUCGCGGGACUUUCUGGAUCAUCGAGGAUCAUCGAGGAAAGUGCCGAAAUAUAUUUGUGAAGCUCGUGGUUCGCUCGUCGUUCAUCUUUCUCCGCAUCUUUCAUGUUGAAAGUAAAAUUUCGGUAUCACGAAAUUACCUCUUGGACACAUUGAGAGCGUAGUGCUCGUAUAAAGAAGAAUAAACCAUAAAAGGAGCAUCGAGGGAAGGUGCGAACAUCACUCGGCAUGAAGGACAUGCAUUGGCUCGUUUGCACCUGCAUCCUCACGGCGACCACGGUGUUUUCCUGCCGGCAGAGCGAGUUUCAGUGCGCCAACGGGCACUGCGUUGCCCUCAACAAAGUCUGCAACGUUGUCGACGACUGCGGGGAUGGAAGCGACGAGACGCGUCCGUGCUCGCCUUGCAAUAAAACAUAUUAUGGUGACGUGGGGAAGACAUAUGAUCUGGAAUUGCAUCGACCGAAAGAAGAUAAGGUGCCUUACAUUUGCAAGCUCACCUUUAACGCGCCAGGUGGCAAUUUUGGUGAUAUCGUGCAGCUGACCUUCGACAGUUUUACCUUAGGGAAAUUCGUGUCAUUUACCGCGGAGGGAUGUCCCGAUGGAUCCUUGCAGAUCUCGGAGGCACAACGUCCCGACGUCGGUGGUCUUUGGUGCGGCACAUCCUGGGGACCCGCGAUCUAUUACAGCGAAACACCCAGUGUCUCGAUCAUUCUCAAGCUGCUCAGGCUCAGUAAAGAUCAGACGGGAUUCAACUUUGACUUUAGAAUGGCGUACAAGAUGAUCAGGAAGUCCGAUGCGGUGGUGCGUUACGGAAAUCCCUUCGUCGGAAUAACGCAGGUCGCCGGGAUGCCGGUGUCGACCGAGCGUACAUCCAUCGAGUACGUGAACACGUCGAUGGCGAUGCCGGUGCAAAUGGUCGAGCAACACGUGCCACUACCUACGAAGCCGAGCUCCGAGCAGUUCUUAGGGGACCUAAUAUCCGGGACUUAUUGCUCCCGUAUAUUCACUGACUGCGACCGGAAGAAGUGCAGAUUGCAGUCGCCCAACUUUCCCGGUCUCUAUCCCCGCAAUCUCACCUGCUAUUACGCGGUGAGACAGCACGAAGUGCCGGCGGGCAAACACGCUUUAAUACACGUAAAACAGCCCCGAGGUCAAUUGGUAGCUGUAAGGGCGCGACCAGCUACUCAAGCCGAACCGCCGCCCCGGGAGCUACGUCUUUGGCAAGAUUGCGACGUCGUUCAGGAUUAUGUAACAGUAUAUGACGGAUACACCACCAGGGAGCCCGUGAUUCUAAAAUUUUGCGGCGGCGGAGAACCAGUACCGGAGGCCAUCAGCAGCGGUCCGGAGAUCCUUGUGGAGUUUACUACCUCCCCUUAUGGCACCUUCUUACAUCCGACGCCGCCCCAUUCCCUACAUGGAUUUCAAUUAGAAGUGCAAGUCACGUUCGUGGACGCCGAAUCGCCCACCUACGCCAAGAAUAAACGUUGCGAGUUCUGGCUGAGGGGCACCGGCGGUGGCGUCCUGGCGUCGCCCCGUCACUCACUGCCGAGAAACAGCACGUGCCUCUACCAUCUUCGCGGCGCUGGUCCCGCCGCGCCGAGUCCGGCGCCCCCGCGUCCGUUGCCCAAAUUCCCGGAGCAAAAACCCGGUGCCAUUUGGAGGAGACCGGCCCCGAGACCGCCGCAGCCGCAGUUUCGCGUCUGGUUAUCCAUCCUCAAGUUCCACGUGGGCACCAGUCUCUCUACCACGGACGAGGACUGCUCCACGACGCUGAUGGUCUGGGAUGGCGAGAUGAUGCCGCUAUCGGAAUGCAACGAUGUCGUCUGUGAGAAGGAACGUCAGCGUUACGCCGAGAGAAUGGGCGACCCGGUUCAACCCGUUCUUGCACGUCCCGCGAGUAACACUACGUUGCUAGCGAGAUAUUGCAAGGAUAAAGUGCCGAAGACUUGCGAUCACGCUAUCCUGCAAAACACUAGUCGUCCGUGCUCUUUGGGGGAAAGCUUCGUCUCCUCUGGAAGCAGUCUAACUAUUGAGAUGCGCAUGAUUGAAUCGACGGCGCUUAGACCCGUCAACUUUCGCGCUCUGUACGAAUUUGUCGAUCUUCACCAGGAUGGCGAUCCAUACGGUAGCGGACCAUGUUCCCGUAUCUUUUAUAGUCGCAACCGAGACCAUUACCCGGAUCGUAAAUUCCGGGGUCCCCGCGAUAUAUUCCUGUACGGUCGUGGAGGGUCGAAAAAUAUAAGCUGCGUGUACCGCUUCGAAGGAGAACACGACGAGAUGGUGAAGCUGAGGUUCAACAAGCUCCUCAAUGGGAAUCGCACCUGUCGCAGCGUUAACAGCACCGAUUUCAAUAGGCUGCUCUGCGUUGGCUCUGAGAACUUUUCCGUUAAGGUGCUCGAUUUACCUUGGCCAAAUGCGCCAUCCAUUCAACGCGAUUGUCUUUGCUCGAAUCGAUCGUUACCUAUCAAUAUCAAAACCACCUCUAAUAUCGCCGAGGUGCAUUUCACCGUUCUAUCCAUGGACGCUUUGGAUGAUUACAACAAUCUCUUCUUCGAAGGCGUCUGGGAGUUUGUCAAAACGGUGCAUGCAGAAUGCAUGCAGAAACGCAGAGUUAGGGGGCCGUCUGGUGAAAUUAAAUACACAUCCGAGGAAAAUGAGAAAAAUUGCGAGAAUCAACCGUGGCUGAUCGAUCCCGGUCCGGGUCAAUAUUUAUACGUGAAAAUGCACGGCAUAAUAAUGUCGAACAGCACGAAGUGCGCGACCAAGAAUCGCAUCGUCGUGCACACGGGUGGCGCGAUCCACGUGUCGGUUUGCCCAAAGCCACCUGCUGACUCGAGGCAUCACGUGGUGGAAAUUUUCAGCGACGGUUGGGCCGUGAGCAGUAACGCGAUGAUACUCGCACCGGGACAAGAUCCGAUCAGGACCAUCGCCGUGGAAUUUAUCGUAGAAGAGCCAGCUACCUACACAAUCACAUGGCUCGAGCUCACCAGAAGACCGUCAGUGACGUCAACGGCAGGUCUGCAAAUGUCGCGGGACUGCGAGCAACGUUGUCCGGAAUUGGACGCCUGCAUAAACGCCUCGCUUUGGUGCGACGGCGUGUCCCAUUGUCCCUCCGGUUACGACGAGGCCCUGACGCACUGCUCCGUGCUGCUGCGGCUGCCACCUCUGCAGCUAGCCCUGGGCGCGCUCGUCAUCAUCACCGUUCUCGGUGUCGCUUGCUUCAUCGUCUGGCGGAUCUGUCGGCGGCGAGGCCGCCGUUCGAUAUCCCAGCAUCGUUUGAAGAGCAUCUCGUCCGAGACGGCGAUAAUCGACGGCAAGGAAGUGAUAUGCUGACACAGCGACAGUUCUGUGCGUUACGUCGAGGUUGAUCGGGUUACUACCGUGUGACGAUCGCCGUCGUUCACGUCGUCGUCGAUCCGGA